CGAAAAUAAUCAUUUAUUAUAUAAUUUUUUACGCCUGUCUUUUCGGAAUUUUGAUUGGCCUGAUAUUUUUCGUUUCAAAUGUUGUGAUUGACAAGAAAGUACCAUCUCUCACAGGCAGACAAAGCUUGUUGGAUCUAAGUCCAGGGCUCACAUUUUUACCGGUUGUUGACGUCAAGGGAACAUUGGCACCCUUUCCUGUAUACGACGUAGACAAUAAGGCCAAAUAUGACGAACUUAUGCGAAAACAUUUGGCAGGGUAUGGCGAAAGGACCAAGAAUUGUGAUUUCACAACAGGGACACGUCUUCUUGGAAAUUUAUAUGACGCUUGUAAAUUCCCCCUCCGUCUUCUAGGACCUUGUGGAGGCAAUCCUAAUUUUGGUCAAGGGCUGUGUAUUUAUCUAAAAAUGAACAAGAUCUUUGGAUACCUCCCUGAUGUGACCGAAAAUAAAAUUUACGUCUCCUGCCAGGCCACUGACGAAGAAAGGAGUCGUGAAUUAGGGUCGGCUUCAUUCUAUCCUAACACUCGUUACGAAAAGCAAACAGUUGGAUACUUCUCCACAGUCGCGUUUCCCUACCUCAAUCAAGCAGACUACCAGUCGCCCUUGCUUGCCGUUACCUUCCCAAACAUGGAGAAAAACGUUUCGAUUACAGUCAGCUGCAAGUACUUAAACAUCAAUAUUGACGAGGAGUACAAGUUCGAGGUGGUCUCCCGAGGCAUUCCGUGA